CAAUUUUGAGUAUUUUUGUUUUUUUUUAACAGCAACUAAAUUUUGUAUUUCAAACAAAUUAUGGAAUUUUGUAAAAAAACAUAAAGUAGAAUGGAGUACUAUUAAAUAAUGAUCCAUAAUUAGGAUAUAUGUACACAUUUUUCACACCUUUAUCAAUUUAACGUACGAAUAAUUUGCAAAAUGCUACCAGCAACAAUAUUCAGGCAGGUGCAAUGCACCCGCAAUGGCCUAAGUAAAAACCUUACAGAUUUAGUAAUAGGUUUAAGUACAGCUGGGCCGCCAGCAAAUGGUGUUAACUGUUUAAAUCGAUAUGCCGCAGCGACAGGAUUCAUACGCAUUUCCUUUCUUGACUUCAACCAACAUCGGAACUGGGAUAUUGCGAGACUUCGUCAGUAUGCCGAUUCAAAAAAAAAGUCUCUGCAUUUGCGAACGUUACAAGGCCGUCAUCUACUUCAAGAUGUAAUAGAAAAAAAACGAGAAAUUUUUAUAGAGCGUAAAAAUGUGUUCGUGGAAGAUAUUCACAAAGUACAGGAGCGAGUACGGGAAAGAAUGGAGGAGGUUAUUGAACGUGAAAAUGUGCUAACCAUACCAAAUAUGUUAACAGUGGGGAGAGCAAUUUUGUCACCUUACAUUGGAUACGUUAUAGUGCAACAGGAUUAUAGACUAGCAAUGGGCUUACUUUUAGUAGCGGGCAUAACAGAUUUGUUAGAUGGUCAAAUAGCGAGAAGGUGGCCCAAUCAAGCAAGUAAAGCAGGUUCGUUCCUAGAUCCAAUGGCAGAUAAACUACUUAUUGGAUCGUUAGUUAUUUCAAUGGGACUUGGAAAGUUAUUACCUUGGUGGUUAGCAGGCACUGUUCUAUUUCGAGAUGUCUUCUUACUUGCAGCUGGUUUUGUCAUACGCUACAUUAGCUUACCACCACCGAAAACAUUUACUCGUUAUUUUGAUGCGACAUAUGUGACAGCGCAAUUAGAGCCUACACUUAUUAGCAAAAUCAAUACUGGUGUACAAUUAGCGACAAUUGGUAUAAGCUUGGGAGCUCCUAUAUGGAACUACAUCGACCACCCCGCGUUGCUUGGACUAUGGUAUUUAACUGGAGCAACUACUGUAGCAGCAGCUUUGAGCUACAUUUUAAACAAAAAUACUUUCAAAAUACUCAGAAAAGAAACAAAGAACACAUAGUACGCCAUAAGCUAUAAGUGGAAAUUAUUAUGGCCAACUCAAAACUUUAAUAUAAACCUUUGUUAGCUGCCUAGGCUACAGCGCCUUAUAAAUUUAGCAAAAUAC